AUGGCGCCUGACUACCACAUGCUCGACGUCAAACAGCUCCAGGCCGAGAUCUACAGGCGAAGCCAACUUCCAAACUCGAAACAAGAAUGCAUUCAGCUUCUCGAGGAACUUGAUCGCAAGUCGGUGUUCCGAUUUCUGGAUCUGCCACCAGAGAUGCGCAACCGGGUCUAUGAGGCGCUGCUUGUAGACGACCGGGGCAGACGUCGCGCGACACCACAACUACUGCGGACCCGUCAACAGAUCAACAACGAAGCCAAGGGCCUGUUGUACACGUCUAGCUCGCUCACACUUGACGCCACCUUCUGGGUUUCCGACAACGUCUGGGCAAAAGGUGGAGAACGUGAACGCCGAGAGCUCACUGACGAUGACAGCGAGUGGAUCAGUUGGCACGGCAAGAAUGAUGUCGAGAAGGAGUACCUAGCAGCGCAGGGCUACUCCCCUCCCUCGUCACCGCGCUUGAAUCCUGUGGACCCGGAUGAGACAAAGGACGACCCGCGCUACUACCGCCCUUGCCUGAUCAACGGCGACUGCACCUUUGGACCGAUCGCUGCACAGCUAUCCUUGCGAGCUGCGACCAAGUUCUGGCCUCGCAAGAUCUACGAAAUCCCAAUCAUCAAGCUUAGCGUAACCCUAGCGCUCGAUCCAGUCUUCUCGACCCAGGAUACUGUGCCAAACUUCCUCACCUUUAACCACUUCAUCUACUCCCUAGUCUCGAGCCUCAGUGCCUCGACCAAGCCGCAGGAACUCGUCUUGGCCAUCACCGACGGAGGCCUCUGCUCGAGUCGAGAUCUACAAGAUUACCUCUAUCCCCUUGGCAAGCUACCUCAAAACAUUGAUCUUGACAUCAUCACGGACCCCCCAGCAAACCUCGAGUGGAUUGAGCAACUCCGCAGCGACAAGGAUCCAAGCUUGAAGUACGACCUCCUCGCAGAUUGCGUACAACUAGACGAACACAUGAGGAGUAUCACAAUGCCGAAGACCUCGCGUGGCCACCCAUACCUAGCUGAGAGUGCGGCACGUUCGGUGAGGGGCUACAUCAAUCGGAUGCUUGGCGGGCUGGACUGGGGCUCCAUCGACGAGGAGGACGAGCGUAAUUGCUUCAAGGCGGUGGCGCUCACGGAGGAAGCUAUCAAGCAUGUGCCGGGCCAGGCGGCGCGUAAAGCAGCGUGGGUGGCAAAGAUGCGGGUCAUGGUGGCGGAACUGAAGGGGGUUUCGAGAGAGUAUUGGUGGUCGUGGGAUGCGAUUCGGGAGGAAGCUGUAGAUGAGUAG